AUGGAUGGUCGAAAGUCGCCUCGAUUAGAGGAGCCGAUAAACACAAGCGAGAAGAGAAACGCUGUUGCGAAAAUGAUGCAAAAUGGCGAUGUAAAAGGUGAUGGAAGAUUUAAGAUUCACCGUAUUGUUUUGUGUCGAACAGCUCGUUGCUUUGUAUCCAAUGUUACAUCACCAAGCUGCAUAUGGGUAAAGCCUGUGAACCAUAUUACUGAGAAAUUACAGAUCCGAGACCUGAAUACAUUGAUCCCAGCGCCAGUGGCACACGAAAACCGCUAUGUGAUGGCACCGAUUGAGGAUGGUGUUUAUGCUCGGGCUCGGAUUCGUGAAAUUGAUCAGCGGAAAAAAUUUGUGAAAGUUUUGUUCAUUGACGAAGGAACCACCGCUUGGAUGAGUUCUGCGUGCCUUGCAAAAAUGGACGAAAUGUUAGCUUUCCAUCCUUGGCAAGCAAUUCCUGUCGCAUUAUUUAAGGUGAAGCCAUAUCAGGACAUUGUCGUUGAUAAUGUACAACCGAAAUGGUCGAAGGAGGAUACAGUAGUUUUGCGAGAAAUUCUUAAGAAAUUCAAAUUUGUUCGUGUGGAGGCAAUCCUUAAUAGUGUUCCCAGCAAUGAUUAUUGCGAUUUUGUAAAGGUUAAUAUGUAUGGAAUGGAUUCGGAAUCGGACGAAUUGGGCACUUCAAUCACACAUUUGUUUGUCCGUGAACGUUACGGUGAAGUUGAUUUUGAACGAGAUUUAUUUGAUGGAAUCACGCAAAAAAUAUUUGAAAGUUUUACAGAUAGAGAAGUUCUGACUGUGGAGACUUUAGAAACUUGGCGACUUAAUUUUCCAAGCAAAAGCGAAACUGGAAUUGUAACAGAGCAACCCAUCGUGGAUGAAGCAGUCGCAUAUAGUAGACAGAUUCCAUUAGUGGACGUUAAUUGGUUGAAUGAGGAAGGAUACAAUCACAAAGGAGAAUAUUUUGUCAGUAUUGAGGGAAGGAAUACUGUUUCACCGUACGAAUUUUACGCUCGCCCACUGAAAAUGGGAAGGUUAAGGGAAGCAUCACAAGGUGAUGCAGGCAGAGAAGAAUAUAGUGGCAGCAGUGCAGCAGAUGAAGAAGAUGCAAUGAUUUCAGCAAAUGAUGAACUUGCUAAUUUUGCUGAAGAGUUAAACUCAUUCUAUGGCCAUCCCAAAAACAGAAAACUUAUCGAUUCAUCCCAAGUGGUUGUUGGCUUGGAAAAGGGAGAACGUAUAUAUGGCAUUGCGGAAGUAGACGAUGAAUUUGCUCAAUUUACUGGCUGUUGGCAGAGAGUUGAAAUAUUAGGUAUUAAGGACGGUUAUUAUUCUGAAAGCUUUUUUUGUCGCAUACGAUUUCUUGAUUCUGGCGGAACUGAUGUCCGUUUGUUGUCCAGUAUCCUUGAAAUAAAUCCAAUACAUUGUGUUCGACCACCUUUCUGCUUGCAAAUGUGUAUGCACGGGCUGAAACCGCCGAUUCAUUUGGAUUGGUCCGAAAAGGCAAAACAGUUUUUCUUUAGUGAACUCCGAGAAGAUGUUCCUGUCGCUCUGAAUAUUGUGGGUUGUAACAAAAAAAGUGGAAGCCGCCAUUUGUAUGAUUGUGAACCCUUUCAAAGACCAGGCGUACUGUAUGUGAAUUUCAUUCAGGUGCGCGAUGGUUCUGUUACAACAUUGGAUAUUCGACUUCAAAAAGAAGGACACGCCGUAAUUGCGUGCCACAGUCCGAUAACCAUAGCAGAAAUUGUCUAUUUGCGUUUUCCUCUUCGGAAGAAAAAGAGACUUUUGUCAUAUAAACUUGUAAGUAGGAUCACUUGGCUGAAGUCAGCAAGAUGGCGAAGAACGGAUGUCCGUUCUUUUCCUUGCAAGGAGGUUCUAAGAUACCUUAAACGUAAUGAUCUACGCCAUUUGGCAGAAGUUUCCGUUAAGAACUGUUGCGGUACUCUGUAUUCAAUUAUAUUGGGAAAUAAUUGGAUUCUGGUUGCAGGAUGUCGUUUUCAGGUCUUAGAAUCCGUGAAAUCCAUGUAUUUUCAAUCACUUAUUUUAAUAAUAUGCUUCCUUUACGCAUCAGUCGCUGUGCUGGAUACAAAGCUGAAAGCUUUAUGGAAUCUGGAUAAAGUGAGCAUUUGUAGGCUCGGCUAUCCGGCUACUGUUUAUAACAAUUAUGGAUGCUGGUGCGGUAUUGGAGGCUCCGGGAAGCCUAUGGAUGGAAUUGAUAGGUUACACUUUGCCCCACCACUUAUAUUCAGGACGUUGCAAAUUAGAAAUUUUUAA